UUUUUGGAGCCUUAAGUAAAACAUUCAGACAGAUGUUAUCUUCAUACGGCGCUCUUCUGCGUUUAGAACUUUAAUUAAUUUCAUCCGCCGGGCCUGCGCAGCGUACAAUUAAAAGUUUAUGAACUUCAUGCAGCUCAGCAUCCCCGCAUUCACGUGUCUGGCUGCUGGGGAUGGAGAUUGCAGGUGACGUGACAGCAAGAGCCUUUGGGUGAGGAGCAACCCCAACCCCUCCUGGCCCUGCCCAGCCUCCCCACGGCCAUCGAUCUCCUGGGGCCGUGCCGUGGCAGCACGGCUUUGGCGAGCCCGCAGGACUACAUCUCCCAGGGAGCCUCGCAAGGCCGAGCCGGGCCGUGCCGAGCCGUGCCGUGCCCCGGCGGCUCAGCAUGGAGAGCCCGGCGGUGACCUUCACGUUGGCUUACGUGGUGUUCGCCGUCUGCUUCAUCUUCCCCCCGGACGAGGUGCGCUCGGCGGGGCUGACGGUGCAGAGCCUGCUGGCCGCCUGGCUGGGCAGCGAGGACGCGGCCUUCGUGCAGUACCACCUGCGGCGCAGCACCGGCACGCUGCUGGCUCACUCCCUGCUGCCCCUCGGUUAUUACCUUGGUAUGUGCUUUGCUGCACCUGAAAAACAUCUUUAUUUUUUCUACCUGGCUUCAAGUGGAUGGAAAACUUUCUUGUUUUUCGCCGUUCUCUUUCCAGCAGUGGCUGGUGCUCUGGCAUAUUACUGGUCACGGAAGGGCUGGAAUAACCAUCCGUUAGCCCGGACGCUCGCUGUUCAUGCUCUCCCACAGUCAGGAUGGAGGGCAGUGGCUUCUUCCAUCAAUACAGAAUUUAGGAGAAUCGACAAAUUUGCUACUGGAGCCCCAGGAGCGAGGGUGAUCGUUACGGACACGUGGGUGAUCAAGGUGACCACCUACUGUUUACAUGUCGCCCAGCAGCAGGACAUUCAUUUGACAGUGACAGACUCCAGACAGCAUGAGCUCACGCCAGACUCAAAUAUGCCUGUGCAGUUCCUCACCAUCCGUGUUGCCAGUAUUAAUCCCUACGUGAAGGCGUUUGAUAUUCGGCUGAACUCCACAGAGUAUGGGGAGCUCCGAGAAAAGCUCCGUGCUCCCAUCAGCAACGCAGCUAAUGUUGUGAUCCAUCAAAGCCUCAGUGAUUUAUUUCUAGAAACCUUUACUUCUCUGGUGGAAAUUAACCAGCCUUAUUCUGUUCCAAGCACUCAGGAGCUGGAGCCAUGCAUAGGGUGUAUGCAGACUAUUGCAAACAUCAAGCUCAUCAAGAACUGCCAGGAGCCAAAUGAAGGGGAAUGCCAACAAUGCUACUGUCGUCCUAUGUGGUGCCUCACCUGCAUGGGCAAAUGGUUUGCUAGCCGACAGGAUCAGCAGCACCCAGAGACCUGGCUGUCGAGCCGCGUGCCUUGUCCAACUUGCCGAGCCAAGUUCUGCAUUUUAGAUGUUUGCAUAAUACGAUGAAUAAUACUUGGAUAUGCUUUAACUUUUUAAAUCUGAAUGUAUUUCAUAGUGGUUUUGGCCAAAAGGCCUGUUAGCAUUUUCUUACACUUCACAUUCUACAGGAGUUCAAACUCAGAGCUUUCUUUUACAGCCUUUAAAAUGGAUGUUGAUCUUUUCAGUUCCUUUCCAUUUUUACCUGUGUCUUUGUUUUUUUAUUAAUCAGAUGUCAGUUUCUGGAACUACAAUAUUUUAUGUCAUGGAUGGAAUACGGUUAUCCCAUCUAUGUUUGCAGUAGUAUUCUCUUUUUAACAUUGGUAUUUCUGAUUCUUUCAUAAAGGGCUAACUGAAAAAAAAAAAUGACUUUGGUUAGUCUUCAUUGAUACCUUUGUUUUUAUUUAAUCUGUCAAGUUAUUAUUCAUCUUGGCGAGUGUUCACCAAGUAAGUAUUCCAGUUGUGUUCCUUCUGCUGGUCCCCUCCAUUUGUAAAGGGGAUGGGUUUCUGUAAACUCGGGAAUUGAGUUCCUGAAGAUAUGCAAUUCCCACAGGACUUUUUAUUCCAAAUGCAUCUAGUUUAUUUUUUUGAUGGACAUAUUUAUUUCAAACAACAGAAGGAUUCAGAACUGUACCCUGCUUGCUUAACGCUGCUAAUGCUGUGCGUCAUUAAAUCUGUUGGUUUCCAGGAGCUACAUUGCUUAGGGUUUCAAUGUUUUCUAGAUGAUGGAUUUUUUUCUACGUUGAGAGGAGCUCAGCAAUAUCCAAACUGUCAAAUCACUCUGAAAGAGUGCUCAGCUUUUUCAAAGCCUUUAAGUUUUGAAAGGUAACCUUUUCCCUGAAAGAGAUGCCGGGAUCACAGAGGUAUAAGUUGUCAUGCUAGAUGCCCCAAGAAUGACCAUCAUUCAUUUCACUAAUCAGAAUUUUUCAGGUGUGCACUUUCAAGACUACUCAUAAGCAGUAUUCAGUGUUUUAACAUUCAGAGGGUACUGAUGCACACUCCCUGAUACAGUCUGCACCAGGAUAAUUUGCAAAUUUAAAUCAAAGCAUUUUCCAUAAAUUUAAGAGAGUCCUUCUCCUGGACCUAAAUGUCGUGCUUACUGUUUUGUAUGUCCAUCAGAUCCUUCAAUGAAUGAUUGCUUGUCACACUGCUUGGUGAAAAGCUUCAAGGUGCUGGAGAAUGUGUGUGAGUUCUCACACUGAUCUGUGCACUGCAGUGGCUGAGAUGCAGGUAUUUGCUUAUCCAGGUAGUCCAUCUUAGAGGAGCAGUAACCUCUGGCAGACAGGUGGGGCAAAUGGUGAGAGAAAGGAGUCGUUUAAUGCUUUGGUCUAGGAGAAUGAAAGCCCUAAUGCUUCCCUUAUACAGUGUGUAAUCAGAAGGUUCUGUAACUCAGAAGCACAGGUGACAUGCCAGUGGCUAACUGAAAAAGUCUUGACGUCGUUGAGAAGCAAGACUGCUCUGAGAAGUAAUAGGUAGCAGGGUGUUAAAAAUAGUACAAGUACUGGAAGUGCAACCACAGAAGAUUUUUCUAGUAUCAGCCUAGCCAUAGGAUGUAUGCUGAACGCACCAAACUCCAAUUAAAAUAAUGUGGUCGGGAAAUGGUUAUGUAUGUGGCUUUAAGCCAUCUUUUGGAGAGCGAUAAGGAAUUGAAAACAGAUUAGACAGCAUCAUUUGAGGUCUGACAUACUAUAUUGUAUUGCUGGUGGAGGAACUUUUUUUUCUUGUUUGUUUGUUUUUAAAUUUGCACUUAUAAAAGACCAAACUUGAGUUUAAGGACACUAACUGAGUAUAUCUCAGUUGUUACAUAUACAACUUUUACUACAUAGUUAUCUGUACUGCCUAUUAACAAGUGUUUUUUCUGGUUUUCAUUACCUGUUGUUUUGGAUCAUAAAGAGUAAAAAUUUAACACUGAGACUGGCAUUUCAGUUUUAUCUUAAAUGGCAUGUGCCAUCUGAAUAGCAUAAAACUGAGUUUCGGUUUUGUUGUCAAGUCUGAAUAUUAGUAGAAAAUCAAGGAGCUGAUGAGUGAAUUUUCCAGUACUUUUGUAGAAAAGUUACUUGAAAGUUUGAAGAAGUCUCUCUGCAGCACUUUUUUUAACCUUUGGAAGAGUCCUACAGAACCAGGUGGUGUCACCUGACAUGCACCUUCUUACUAUACAGUAGACUUCAUAAAUAAGCAUUUUGUAUCAUUUACUUAACGGUUAGUUUGCAUAAUAUGGCACAGACAUAAGGGAUAUGGUCCUUGAAAUUGCAGAAGGGAAGGUAGGAUUCUGGACUCUGUCACUGAAAGUCAAUUCCUACAUCUCUUUUCCUAUUUGGAAUAAAAAUAUUUAUUGUAAUGAUGUAUGAAGUUAGAAUCUAAAGGCCUUGAGAACUUCAGACAAUAAGCACAUGUAGUUGCAGGUAUUUUCCAAAAAAAAAAAAAAAAGUCAAUUGCCAGUAAUAUCUCAUGUUGUAAGAGCGUUAGUCUCCCAAUUGCUUGUGCAGUAGUGUUUUUCUUUAGAUAACUCUAUCUUCUUUGUAUUGAUUGAAAGUUUUCCUUUCAGUGGAACUUUGAUUUUACCCAUCUUGUUUCUUUUGCCAGUAUGACAAUACAGCAAAGUAAUAGUCAUAAAUGUAUAAUACUGUAGCAUCUUUUUUAUGGUAGUGUUCUGUCCACAGAAGUGCCUCUAAGAAAACUUUGUUACAAUUACAAAAAUAAAACGAUGAUUUAUGUUAAUAAUA